UAUCCUAAAACUUUCGAAGGCCUAGUUGUCCAACCAACAACAUUGAACUCCAAACCUCUCAUUAAAUUUCCAUAUCUAGUUCGUUUUUUGUUUUUUUUUUUUUUUUUUUAAUUCCUGAUUCCAUUCACUCUUCCCCUUUACCUCUCUCCAAAGAUGUCAAACUACACACUGGAGUCAUGCACAGUUGAAACUCCUGAUGGAGUCCACCUGAGAACAAGAGUAUUCAAACCAAAGGAAGAGAUCAAAGACAACACGGUAAUAGUUCUUGUCCAUCCAUACUCAAUCUUGGGUGGUUGUCAGGCCCUUUUGAAGGGGAUUGCUUCUGGGUUAGCUGACAGAGGCUACAGGGCAGUUACUUUUGACAUGAGAGGAGUUGGAAGGUCAACUGGAAGAGCUUCUCUUACAGGUUUUGCUGAAGUCAAGGAUGUUAUUGAUGUCUGCAAUUGGGUUUCCCAAAAUCUUACUUCUGACAAGAUCUUGUUGGUGGGUUCUUCUGCAGGGGCACCAAUUGCAGGUUCUGCAGUUGAUCAAGUUAAGCAAGUUGUAGGCUAUGUAAGUCUGGGGUACCCUUUUGGCAUGAUGGCCUCAAUCCUUUUUGGACGACACCACAAAGCCAUCCUGCAAUCCUCAAAACCGAAACUCUUUGUCAUGGGAACUCGAGAUGGAUUUACGAGCGUGAAACAGCUCAAGAACAAGCUAAAUUCUGCAGCCGGUCACAAUGAAACACAUUUAAUUGAAGGAGUUAGCCAUUUUGAAAUGGAAGGUCCUGCUUAUGAUGCCCGGAUGGUGAAUCUUAUCCUUGAAUUUAUUGCCUCAUUUUAGGACAUGAAUCCAGUGCUGCGAU